CAUUAUGCAUCUUAGCUGUCAAUUAUUUUGAUGAGAAUGAAAAUUAUAUCUGAUUUUCAUAAUCGGGUGGGGAAAAAAAAUUCGCUAUCGGACACUUUUUUUUCAAUUAUAUAUUUUUUCUUAGCUUGAUUGAAUUUCGGUUCACAUUUUUUUUAUUUUAAUACUACUCUUACAACGCACGCGCAGAACAUCGCCAAAAAUCGCCCAGCGCCAUAUUGAGAGAGGCGGACGUUGUAUGACUUGAGUGAUUAAUCGUGGUUAGUGCAAUAAAUUGAAGUGGAACAUUUGAUCGUGCCCUAUGGAUAAACAUUCGGGAGUGGUGUGCCUUGGUUGAAAGGCCUGCCGAAAGGACAGGGCUCCGCGCGCGAGGAAGGACUGCGGCGCUCCGCUCUGAGGAAACAUGGACUGCUGCAUGUCAGAAGAAGCCAAAGAACAGAAAAGAAUCAACCAAGAAAUAGAGCGGGUACUCCGGAAGGACAAACGUGAUGCCAGGAGAGAACUCAAACUUCUGUUGCUUGGCACUGGCGAGUCGGGGAAGUCAACAUUCAUCAAGCAGAUGAGAAUCAUCCACGGCUCCGGCUACAGCGACGAUGACAAGCGGGGUUUCAUCAAGCUCGUCUACCAGAACAUCUUCAUGGCGAUGCAGAGUAUGAUCCGGGCCAUGGAUCUACUCAAAAUACAAUAUGGGGUUCCGUCCAAUGUAGAAAAGGCGGAUUUGAUAUCAUCAAUCGACUUUGAGAGCGUGACCACGUUCGAGAGUCCGUACGUGGAGGCGAUCAAAGGUCUGUGGGCCGACAACGGGAUUCAGGAGUGCUAUGACCGCAGGCGGGAGUACCAGCUCACUGACUCUGCCAAAUACUACUUGCAGGAGAUAGACCGCGUGGCGGCCCCCAAUUACUUACCAACCGAACAAGACAUCCUUCGCGUGAGAGUCCCCACGACGGGCAUUAUAGAAUACCCCUUUGACUUGGAGGAGAUACGAUUUAGUUAUUUAAGCGAUCUGGCCAGAAUUGAAGCUGCGGACUAUCUGCCGACGGAGCAGGACAUCCUUCGCGCGCGGCAGCCCACCACCGGUAUCCUUGAGUAUCCGUUUGAUCUUGAUGGCAUCAUAUUUAGAAUGGUAGACGUCGGGGGCCAAAGAUCCGAGAGAAGGAAGUGGAUUCACUGUUUUGAAAAUGUCACCUCCAUCAUAUUCUUAGUAGCUCUUAGUGAAUAUGAUCAAAUUUUAUUCGAAUCUGAAAAUGAGAACCGAAUGGAAGAGUCAAAGGCUUUGUUUAAGACCAUCAUCACGUACCCCUGGUUCCAACAUUCUUCCGUCAUCCUCUUCCUCAACAAGAAGGACUUGCUCGAGGAGAAAAUCAUGUAUUCGCAUCUUGUCGACUACUUCCCUGAAUACGACGGCCCGCAGCGCGACGCCAUCACGGCGCGCGAGUUCAUCCUGCGGAUGUUCGUGGACCUCAACCCGGAUGCGGAGAAAAUCAUCUAUUCACAUUUUACUUGUGCGACGGACACCGAGAACAUCCGGUUCGUGUUCGCCGCGGUGAAGGACACCAUCCUACAGUCCAACCUGAAGGAGUACAACCUCGUGUAAGCCUCGUGCUCCGACACAAAUCUGUGAUUGUGUAUAACACGUAACUUAAACAUCAUCAAUUCACACGGCAGAAUGUGUACAUUCACGAACUGAGAUCGGAUGGACGAACUUAUUCAUCUUAAAAUGUUUAAUGAGAAAGUAAGGAUAGAUUUAAGUCAUUUAACCUUGGAGUCAUUUUACCGGCGGAGAUCGGACCGCGCGAGACGCGUCAGGUUUUUUGACAUGAUUUUUUAUGAUGAAGUUAUUCACAAUUUAUGUAUGUGUCUGUAUCGGUGAAUAUUAAAUUGUGCAUUUUAAAAGUUAUGGCGAGUCUUGGGCUAACCAUGAGCUGCUUUUAGUCAUUGUUUUAGGAUUUUUGUAAAGUUUGUUGCCAUAAUAUCUUUCUACAUUAGAAUACAUUUAUUAUGUCCAGACGGAUGGAUUUGAACAAACUAGUCCAAUGAACUUACGCGUGUUUUAUAUCAUCCUCACGGGUCGGGCUCGACACAGGACUUCCUAUUAAUGUAUCGAUCGGGUCGCUUCCGUGUUACUAUUACGUAUUUAUUUUAGUUACGAAAUGUCUCGUAGAGUUACUGUCGCUCCGGAGCUUGCAGGAGUUCGAGAUGCGGAGGGAGGCGCCGAGAGAUUUCCUCAUCCUACCUCCUCAAAGGACAGACGUAUUUUUCAAGCGUGCAUUCACGUAAACCUUGAUAUCUGCGAUUGCUGCAUUUGUUAAAUUCCUCAACAGGAGAUUAUACAUUUCAGUAAUUAUAAACGGCUCACGGUGAGCGUGGAAAGGCACGUGUCAAAUAUAUCUGCAUAAACGAGGUCUAAGGCCAGACUUUAUUCAUAGGAUUCUCAAUUUACAUAGCACAAAUAUGUCUAUGGCCCGAGGAGGAUGUGCGCAAUCAGGUACAGUCCAGCGCGCCCGAUAACGGAGAGGGUGGCCGCGUGGACUGCUCGGCCUCUCCCCGCACCGACCGACUCCACUGGUCCAAUUCAGUUUACACAUAAUAAUUAUAACAUUACCGUUUGUUCCGUUAGCUUGAAAGGUUUAUAAAUUUAUUGUAUUUAAAGAAAUAUUACGUUACUUUUGUACAUUUGAAUUUUGUUACUUGAAUAUAUGUUAUUAUUUAAGCUGUUUAUAUUUAAAUAUGGUGUUUUCUACACGAAUUGACGCAAGUUGUCUUACGUUAACUGUAGGCUUUUUUGUGUACGCAGUGGUCUGGUGUAUUUGGUUUCUUCCUAAUAUCCGUGUACGAGAAUUCCAAUCAGCUAGCCGUAUGUCGAACAUAGGGAGAUAACUACGUUAGGUGUUUAAGGACAUUUUUGAUGCAUUUGAUAUAAACUUUUUUUACUAGAAACCCAAGGGAUUUCAAUAAAGCGAAAAUGUGACUUGUAAAAACCGAUACCAAUGUUUUUUGCACGAACGCUUUUACCACAUGGAUGUAAUAUAUUGUACAUUUGGGUCUAAAUGUGCUGAGUGAAUUGAGCUGACAGUUCCGUGCCAGGUUUUGCUAUUGGCAUAUUGUGAAGCACAAACAUAGGUACCUACUUGUACACGUUUAAACUUGUUUACCAUGUUCAGAGAUUUAUGUUAUCGAUUUAGUGUGUUGCUUCGUGUUUAUUUAGUGACUUACUUGUUUAUAGUAAGAAACAUAGUUUCUAUUAUGGAGAUAUAUGAUUUUAUUGUAUUAACUUAUUUGUUGUUACGUCUUUAUUUCUAUCGCGCCGUUAGAGGUCGGUUUCAUCGAACGCACACGACAUCAGACUUUGUCAAUAGCAAAGCUUUAAUUGAGAUACAGCUGUCUGAUAUGCUCAAAGAUUAUGUGAAAUUGAAACUUAGCGCACAAUAUUGGAAACUUUCUUAUCGAUGUUAACCACUGAUGUGCAAUCUCUGUGUAUGCCCUGUACAUAGACACGUUUCGGUUUGUGCUUUGUACCAGCCGGGUGCGGCCCGGCGUGCAGCGCGGCCGCGGGUUCACUAUAGACUGAUGUUUUAUAUAAUGGACGUCCACUCGGCGCCCGACGGCACUUCGUAAUGUCUUCAAUUACAGUGUAGCGUUUAAAAGGAAACAAAGCACAAUGAAACUUAUUGUAUUGGUGAUUAGUUAUAUUUUCAGAGGCCCCGCGUGCCGCGCCGCGCGUGUCCCGCGAAUGGACCAGAGCCAUACGGACGGACCGGUACGAAUGGACCGGAGCCGUACGGACGGACCGGUACGAAUGGACCGGAGCCGUACGGACGGACCGGUACGAAUGGACCGGAGCCGUACGGACGGGCCGGUACAAAUGGACCGGAGCCGUAUGGACGGACCGGUACGAAUGGACCGGAGCCGUACGGACGGACCGGUACGGUUCUUACCUAUUUGAUUUUACGGUUGGGCGAUGACUACACAAAUAUUGCUAAAACUAUAUUAUAGUCUAACGUUGCUUUACCUUUUGCGUGAGAUUGUGAGAGUUUUAGCUUAAGUUUACGACUGAAGACGGAUGCCUGUAUGAAAUAUUGUAAAUUAUAAUUUCUCAUAAAAUAUAAUUUUUUUCAGCUA